AUGGAAGACCAUUUGGACGAUAACUACUUCAAGAGAGAACGCCGCAGAAAAGAAGAAAUCAAUGAAUACAUCACGAAGAUGCGUGGUGACCUACCAGUCUACAACGUAGAUGAAAUCCGGCAAUACAGGCUUCCCUACCACGAAGCCCUCCUGAUCAAUCUGCGCGAACAAGGUUUCAUUUGUACGGCAUCGUUCAUCCAAGAACUCUUCAACUUCCAAGAAGAACUCCGCCAACAAGCCGGGCCAGUCUCUCAUAUUUGGCUGAGACCUCAACUGAUCUACAGCAGAGCCGAGCUCGAUCAUUUAAAGCAAGGCCUCAUCAAAUCCGAAGAAUACCACAUGGAAAGCGACUACGCCAAGGAAUGCGAAGUGUUCCUUGGAUUAGCUGUCUACUUCGCCUUCUCACACUACGAUUGGUGGUGGCUGGGAGAACAGCUCUUGAUCCAGUCCAUUAAAGUUUCAACGGAGUACGAAUCCUUGAAAGGCAAGUACGAGGCACUCAGCCGAUUCGCGUACGCGAAAUUUCUCAUUGAAAACAUGAAGGAGUUCGAUGACGCCAAGGGCCACCUGAAAAUCGCUAGGGAGAUAGCGCAGCGUAAGGGUUGGACCAGCAAAGGUUACUUUCCGGACGAAAAGGGCACACUCUUCAUGCAAAUCAACCACUACCUUUUCGAAUGUCUCUACCGAAAUGUCAAGCAACUCGUGAAAAUCGAUUAUAAAAAAGCUAUUCCCGUGAUAGUUGAAGCUAGGAGAAGAGCAGCUGAUGCUUGCUACCACAGUGGGGAAACUAGAGCUCUUGUUAUGAAAGGAAUAUGCGAGAUGAACAUCCAAGACGUAAAAGCUGCUAUCAAUUCUCUUCUUAGAGCUUUCCAGUUGCAGCAACGAUUCGGAACCCAGGAAGGGAUGUGCAAAGUGAGGAUUCAACUUGCCAAAGCCUACCUUAUAGAUGGAAACACAGCCAUGAGCUUGAAGACAUUGAUGUUGUUGAAAGAGUCAGCAGAAACCUAUAAUCUUCCGUUCUAUCUGGGCCAGGCUUAUAAGAACCUCGGUGAAUACUACCUGACCAAUGGGGAACCGGAAAAAGCGAACCCUCUGUUGAACGAAGCUCUGAAAAUCCUGAAUCAGUGCAACUUGGCUACACGUGACAUCGAGAUGGUUCGCAAUUUGGAGGCCAUUUCUGCUGGCUUGGAACUGUUUCCCAAGUAUAUCGAUCUUUUGCAUAAAGCCGGUACAAGUGAUGGCGAUGGAUUCAGAAACUUGAUGAAGUUGAUCGAUUGGAAAGAUCAGAGAACUGAGUUUUGGAACAAGGAUGAAAUCGCUCCUCUCAGUUCCCUUUGUGACAUCCUAACCGAAAGUAUGAAUAAAGUUGUUGAUUCGGAAGAAAUGAUGAGAGGAAUGAGUGCUACGAAACACCCAACUGUUGAAGAAAAGGACAAUCAAGGAAUACAGGAUUCUAAGAAAAUAAUCCCGAUGAGUGAUGGAAAAGAAGUCAUAGAAUUGCACGAUAACAAGGGUACUUUCCCAAUUGAGUCCACCACUGGUUUGUGA